AUAGCCCCAAGUGGGGUAUGUUUGUAUAGGCUGGUGUUUUCUCGCAGAGCGUUCUUCGCGAAAUGGCUACCGUCUUAGGAAGUUGUCGUGAACUCUUACUGGAAUUGGUCGUAUACCUGUGGUGCACUGUGACCAGGCUAGUGUUUACUCUGUGGUUCUACUGGAAAAAGCCUCUACCACUGCCACCUGUCACCGACAGGCUUCUGCUGCGUUCUGCUACAUCUCUCGCUGCCGAUAUCAGAAAUGGCAAGGUCAAAAGCGUGGACCUUGUGUCGGCCUACAUCAGACGCAUCCGGGAGGUGCAGCCCAUCAUCAACGCUGUCGUCGAGGAGAGGUUUGAAGAGGCUCUCAAAGAUGCCGAGGAAGUCGACAGACUGGUCGCAUCGGGAACAAUGAGCGCAAGUCAAAUGACCAAGGAAAAGCCACUGCUGGGCUUACCGUUCACUUCCAAGAACAGCAUUGCCAUCAGAGGCAUGCGACAUGACGCGGGCUCCCUCUACUGGCAUGGGCGACGCGCCGAGGAAGAUGCUCCGAGCGUGGCCUCCUUGCGGCGAGCCGGCGCCAUCCCACUGGCACUGACCAACGUGCCUGAGCUGUGCAUGUGGGGCGAGUCCCACAACUUGGUGGAUGGCUGCACACGGAACCCGCAUGACACGCGCCGAAGCCCCGGCGGAAGCAGCGGUGGAGAGGGAAGCCUUCUUGCAGCAGCUGGAUCCCUGAUUGGCCUUGGCACAGACGCUGCGGGAAGCGUGCGAAUACCAUCCGCCUACUGCGGCAUUUUCGGCCACAAGCCAACAGCUGGUGCUAACUGCAAAUCAA